CGUUGUCGUUGAUUCGUAUACACACGAACAUUCUCGUCUGCUGAACGACGAUGCUCGGCCCUCCGGCAAAAACGAGCCGGCAAUCGCGUCGACGAAAGAAAGUUCAAUAAUAUAUUACAAAAAAGCCAAAUUAACAAGUUUCCACACUUCUCUUUAUUUUUUUCAACAUCGUCAUCGAUUUUUGGGACAAUUCUUUCGUUUUAUAAAGUACACAAUCAAUCCCCUGUGCACCCGUGUAUAUUAUCGAUCUUGCGACGUCUGACGCCCAACGACCGAGCGUCCAGAAGCGUUCGCUUUUUUGUCAAUUUACCGUCCAAUCACGUGGAACACAUCCCGGAACGGGUAAGAAAAAAAAAGUGUAAUCCGUUAAAAGAAACAAAAUUGGUCUUAAAAAAACGUGCUGAAUCCCCAGACAUCGUUCGUUCUCGGCAAAUUUUAUCGUUUUAUUUUCAAGCGUGACAUCAAAUGAUCGGUCGGUUCUCAAAGCGUGAAUAUUCGCAUCAGGAAAAGAAUCGAAGACUCGUGUUGUAUUAUGAAAGUCCGUGAAUCGAGCGCGAGAGCAGGCUCGUAAAGGAAAAAUGGAAUUUCGUAAAAGUUCGUGGACAACGAGAAUGACGUUGAUGGGUUGUUUGAUAAUAGUAUUAUUGUGGAUAAUAAUAGACAAUGAUUUUUGUAUAAUCGGUGGUAUAACGCGUAAAAUAUCACUGCAAAGAGCUCGUUCGAUCGAGGGCUCGUACGACGAGCAAGCAUCGCGUCGCGUUAAUUACGAGCCAAGAGUAGAAGUCAUAUCAUUGGAUGACCUUGGCGACACAAAAACUAAAAUAACGAAAGUGCAGGUCGUCCCACUUUGGACUAACAAUAAUAGUCUCAAGGAUCCCAUUGACGUUUCACCCAGAUACAAACUUCUCCGACAACAAGGCCUCGUACCAACGAGACAAUUGCCAAGUGCCCUUAUUAUAGGUGUUAAGAAGGGUGGCACGAGGGCAUUGUUAGAGUUUCUACGCUUGCAUCCUGGUGUCAGAGCGGCCGGCUCCGAAGUACACUUUUUCGAUCAUCACUAUGCCAAAGGAUUCCACUGGUACAGGCGUCGAAUGCCACCGACACUGGAAGGUCAGGUGACCAUGGAAAAGACGCCAUCGUACUUCGUAACGGCAGAAGCGCCGCGUCGCGUGCAGCACAUGAAUCCUGGCACGAAGCUGAUCGUGGUGGCUCGAGACCCUGUGACGCGAGCUAUUUCCGAUUACACUCAAGUGAAGAGUAAGCGUCCAGGCAUACCAAAGUUCGAAGAGCGUGCUUUCAUAAACGGCUCCCGAAUCGUGGACACGACGUGGGCGCCGUUGAAGAUCGGAGUUUACGCUCGUUACCUCGAUCGCUGGCUUCAGUACUUUCCUCUCUCACAAUUUCUCUUCGUUUCCGGUGAGCGAUUGAUCGCCGAUCCUGUUAUCGAGAUCACACGAGUUCAAGACUUCCUGGGCAUCAAGCGUGUCAUAUGCGAAAAACACUUUUACUUCAACGCCACCAAAGGCUUUCCGUGCUUGCUCAAAACCGAGCACAGCUCCGCGCCUCAUUGUUUGGGUAAAAACAAAGGUCGGAGUCAUCCACAUAUCGAUCCAACGGCGAUCCAGCGUCUCCGAGAUUUUUAUCGUCCGUUCAAUCAGCGUUUCUAUCAACUGACGGGAAUGGAUUUCAGCUGGCCUUGAUAAGGGUGGAUCGUCGAGGGAAGAAAUCUGCGAAUGCUAGACAUAUCGUACUUAAUCAUUAACGUAAACACGCGCAGAUAUGAUUGCCAUUGUCUCAUAACAGCAUUUUACACGAAAAAUGAGAAAAAUAGUCAAUUUAUUCCGUAUACGUCGUCCUUAAGAGUGAGAUCGUUGUUCGGUCGCGUUUUUAUACUCGAGAAAAGAAAACUAUUUUAAAAGAAAUCUCCCGAAAGUCGGGAGGAGAAAAAACAAUGUACACGGAAAAUUCUUACGUAAGAAUAACUGAUUAAACCGAAUCUGGGUGCCAUGAACACACCCUUUUGAAGUAGCAUAUCAAAAAGAGUUGAUGCCCAUUCCAGUCGCUACAAUGGCAUCAUUUUCUCUUAAACUAAGCACUCUCGGAAGCUUUUGCUCAAAUACAAGUUUAAGGAUAUCGAAUCACCAAGUACUGUAAAUGUAUAUUGCACACAAACACACAUAAACAUACAUAUGUGCAUUAUAUAUUGAUAAAUAUAGAUGUAGAAUUAAAAAGACAUUUGUUAGCUCGUCGAAGUAUCAAUUCGAUUGCACAGUGAUCAGUAUUCCCGGGAGACAGACAGCUUGGAUCAUUUUCGUUCUUCGAUGUAGAAGUUACGAGUUUGCGAAAAGUUUCCAUAAAAUCUGUCAAAAUGAUCUCAAGUGUGUUGAUGGCUUGCUAUCAUUCAUUGCAAAGGUUUAUGGCUUCUGGAUGCGAACGGUGUGUAUGCAGUUUCAUCAGUGACAGAUUGCAAGCCAUAAAUCUGUGUAACAAUUAUAGUUGAGAACCACGAAAUUAUUGUUUAAAUAUAUAACGAUAAAAAUUCGUACCGACACAUACAAAAA